AGUAGUAGUAGAAGAAGAAGAAGAAGCGAAUCUGGGUUUGUGUGCCGGGAAUUCGAGAGCGAGGAGGAGGAGGCUACAACCGCAACUCGUGACUGACAGCUUGACUUUCACCUCACGAGCGAAGAGGAGGAAAGGAGGAGGAAGGUCUGAAAGCUAGAGGAAGAGAGAGAGCAAGAGAGAGAGAGAGAGAAAGAAAGGAGGAGGAGAAGGAAGAAGAGGGAGAGCGAGAGUGAGCAAAGAGAGCAGCACAGCGAAGGAGCCACGUCCGGCGAUUCCCCCUCCCCUGAUCUUAUUCUUCCCGAUUGUUGAAGCAAUCAACUAAUCGACCAAUCGACCAGUCGACCGGUUGACCAUGAGCCACUGCAGAAAAAGGUGCAAGCGGCAGCUCAUCAAGGUUGCACGAUACUUCUACAGGUUCCUCACCGGCACCUUGACCCAAGACAGUAUCGAGGAUGAUUUCGAGCUCUCCACCGUCUGCCAUCGGCCGGAGGGUCUGGAGAAACUUCAGGAACAGACCAAGUUCACCAAGAAGGAGCUGCAGGUUCUUUACAGGGGCUUCAAAAACGAAUGUCCCAGCGGUGUCGUGAACGAGGACACUUUUAAAAUCAUCUAUUCCCAAUUCUUCCCACAAGGAGAUUCCAGUACGUAUGCACACUUCCUCUUCGAGGCUUUUGACACUAAUAAGAAUGGAUCGGUUAGUUUUGAGGACUUCGUCAUCGGUCUGUCCAUCAUCCUCAGGGGGACGAUAAACGAUCGGCUAAACUGGGCCUUUAAUCUCUACGAUCUCAAUAAAGACGGGUGCAUCACCAAAGAAGAGAUGCUGGACAUCAUGAAGUCCAUCUACGAUAUGAUGGGGAAAUACACGUAUCCGUGCAUGCAGGAGGACGCUCCCCGAGAACACGUGGAAAACUUCUUUCAGAAAAUGGAUCGUAAUAACGACGGCGUGGUCACCAUCGACGAGUUCAUCGAGUCGUGCCAAAAGGACGAGAACAUCAUGCAGUCCAUGCAGCUGUUCGACAACGUCAUUUAGGGUGGUGCUCUGGUGGAGGAGACGGGGACGGGGUCCGCGAGAGACGACCCAGACCUGGAAGAGUUCAGCCGUGCGCUGACCGGCCUCCUGUCCUCCUGUCUCCCUUCGUCUCCGUGCAGCCGGAGGACCGCCGCCGCUGUCAUUCCCCCCGUUUCUUUCUUUCUCCCAGAGACCUAGUGGAAGAUGCAUCAGGGCUGGCUUGUAGACCCACUCCAGUACGUCCACGUUCUUUUGUUACGUUCCCGGAGGAGUUUGGGCGGAGACCGGCCGGACUAGACGCAACGCCGGACCCCUGGACGGAGUCCAAACCUGGAGGAUAGCAUGGACCUUGGCUACGAGCGAAGGGAACCGCACAAACCAACGAACUGGAGGUUCUCGCGUGCGGACGACGGCGCCACCGCCAUCUUUUUUCUGAUCGCUGACUGGUUUUCUUAACGCAUGAUGUCACGACUAACCUAACACGACUUAGUGUACCUAUUACGUUAAGCUAGUCCAAAGCCUGUCUGUCGUCCUGCUCGUACGUCCACACGUGCCUCGCUCGGACUGUGUGCUGUCGUCACCGCGUGCCAUCACCGAGAACCCCGGGGCGGAAGUAGCCCCGCCCACGUAGGCUCCACCCUCCCUCAGCAGCAGCCAAUAGAGAAACCACGUCGUUCUAUGCCUGUACAUUCCAGAGGAGACGUCCGAGGCGACUCCUAGGCCUUGAAUUCCCUUAGCUGUUCCUAUUCUUGACUGUUCCUUUGCUGUUGAGCGAAAUUCUUCCUUUAUAUCCCCUUUAUAUCAAGCGUCUCACCAAGUAGAGGAACUUUUAACCAUGUGUCGUAACUUUUAACCAAGUGGAACCAAACAAAACCAUGUAGAACCAAGUGGAAGAAACAGGAAGUUCUAUUAUGCUGCAUUAGUGUUUCCCAAUGUUCUCACUGUAAUCCCAUGCCAGUUAUCACCAACCUCCUAUCAUUGCUGCUCCUGCUGGUAACACCGAUACGUCCAUCGACACCGUGUACCAUCAAAGUGGCGAAGGCACUUAUAUAUUUUAUAUGUUUUAUUCAUCAAAAAAAAAAUCAACGUGUUAUCAUCCAUGUUAUCGUCUUAGGCAUGACUUAGGCAAGAUACAUUAAAAAUAGACACACUGAGACAUAUUGAGACAUACUGAGACAGACCGGAGACCAGCAGGCGUCUUCAUGUAUUACCUGUCCACCUGACGCCAAAGAGUUCAGCCAUUCAGUCUGCCAACCAACGCCGUCAUCUGCUUCUACAGACAUCGGGAACCAAGACCCAAACCCAGGUCUAGACCUAGAACCAGACCUAAACUCAAACCCAGGCCAAGACCCAGGCAUGGAAUCAAGUGGAAAAGCCAAAGCCAGACCCAGACUCAAAUCCAGACCAUGACUCGACUCAAAUCCAAACCUUUACCCAAACUCAGACUAAGAACUAGACUCAAACUCAGACCCAGACCUAGACCCAAAUACUAAUCCAGGCAUAGACCCAUAUUUAAAGCAAGACCCAAACCCAGACCUAGACUCAGACUCAAAUCCAAAUCUAGACUCAAACUCAGACAUAGACCCAGACCCAGGCCUAGACGAGACCUAGACUUGGACCUAAACCUAAAAACAAACCCAAAUUGAAACCCAGACCAAAACCCAGAAACAAUCCCAGACCUAGACUCAAAUCCAAACCCAGACUCAAUCUCAGAACUAGACUCAAAACCAGACCAAAAUAUAAAUCCACACCCAAAACUAGACUCAAACUCAGACCCAGGCAUGGAAUCAAGUAGACAAUCCAAACCCAGAUCUAGACUCAGACUUAAAUCCAAACCGAGACCUAAACCCAGGACUAGACUUAAACCCACAUCCAAAUCCAGACCCAGACCUAAAAACAGAUCUAGACACAAACCCAGACCUAGACUAAACCCAUAUCCAAUCUUAGACCUAGACCUAGACCCAAAUCUAGAUCCAAAUCCAGACCCAGACUUAAACCCACAAACACACUAACUGCUUAUUAAUUAAUCACACACUACAGGGUUCACUAAAUGAUCAAACGUUUCUUCUACUGCAUGCAGAGUUUAUUCAUUCAUUCAUUCAUUCAUUGCUGACUCACACGUGCAAAAGCACACAUACAGCUUGUUUGGUUUAUGUAAAAGGAGAAGUACUGCCAUUAGAAUAGGACUGGAUUGGAAGACAGGUUUUUGACCAUCCAACAUUGAGUGCAAUCAAAUCCUCACAGCAGUGUGCUGUAGAAACAGUUACUCCAUCAAAAGCAGGAUAAAAACUAGUAGUGUAUCUAUUUCACAUUAUCAUCAUCGUGCUUUUUUUUUCAUUUCUACAGUAUUUUACUUUUGUUUGUAUCCAGUAUUGUGAGGAAUAGAAUGGGUUUAAAUGACAUAAGCAAUAAUAUUAAUAAUAGUAUUGAUAAUAUAUUGAUAAAGGCUGAGCAGUAUUGUUGCUGGUUAAUGAUCUAUCAAUAGAUCAAUACCCACCCGUCCCUCCUUAGUGGUAACAGAGGUUUGUUGGUUCAGGGGUCCUGAAGUGGUUCCUCUUCACGCAUUUCUGAAUAUAAUUAGCAUAAUUAUGCAAAUGAGCGAGUCUAAAUGCCAGGGAAUUAAUUAGGAGGACUCGUUUGGUCACAUGAUGCCCUCGUUAGAGAAACAUCUCUCUCCGGCGCGAGGUUAAACUCGUGUAGAGGGUUUUAUUCACGAGGAAGAACUGGGUUUAUUGUGUAGAGGUGCGUGUGGAAUUUAAUUGGCUGUAUUGACAAUAUAGUUAAUAUAUAUAUUAAUAUAUAUUUUAAUAUACAGUACCAGUCAAACAUUUGGAAACACAACUUUUUUUUCUCUGAUUUAAUGUUUUUUUUUAAUGUUUUUCUACAUUGUAAAUUUAUAUAUAUUUAAGACUAUAGCACAGCUAUAAAGCAACACAAAUAUUUAAAAAAGUGUUAAAUUAGAAUAUGCUUUUUUUUCUAAGGAUAUCAUAUCAUAAUUUAAGUAAACUCUGCAAUUCCCACCACUAUUCCUUGCUGGUGUGCUUUGGGUCAUUGUCCUGCUACAGAACCCAAGUAAAACAGAUACAAAUCUCACCACUUAAACCACUUCAGGAGGUGGUCUGAGACACACUUUUAACCUAAAAUUUGUUAUCGGGGCAAAAUAUUGUGUUAAUAUCAUAUCAUGAGUUAAGUAAGCCCUUCCACCACUAUUCCUUACUGGUGUGCGUCGGGUCAUUGUCCUGCUGCAGAACCCAAGUAAGCUUGAGCUUAAGGUCACAAACCGAAGGCCAGAUUUUCUACUUUUAUAUCAGUUGAUCAGGUUUAGAUCAGGGGGUUUAAUGUGGAGGACAAACACAUUUUUAAUGUUCACUACAUAAUUAUAUAUUUAUAUAUGUUCCUUGAGAGUUUUCAUUUUUUAUUGUUUUAAUAUUUAUCUACAAAUGUAGAAAAUAUGAUAAAUAAAGAAAUAAAGCAUAAAAACAUUAAAUAAUAAGAGGAGAGGUUUCCAAACUUUCGACUGGUUCUGUCAAAAUAUAAACAACAAUUUUAAAUAUAUAUAAAAUUUACCAUCACCACCAUCACUCGCACCAUCUUCACUCCUGACGUUUAUCUCGUGUUGAAGGAACCACUUCACCGAGGAUAAUGUGGCUAACAACAAACGGAAGCUAAUUGCUGCAGUUUUAGCAUUAGCUUUGCUAAAUUUGCUUUCGUUUGUUGUUUGCAACUUAAGCGUUCUUAAAAGAACUGUUCCUAAAGAUAAAAGUAAGUUUUAGUUGGUCAAAAACACUGUUUACACCUACUCACUUAAUGUGGCGCAAGAAUCAGGAUUUUAUAUAAGUGUAAACGCACCCAAGACUCACUUAAACCAGAUACAAAUCCAGUUACUCAAACAAAGAACUUCAGGAGGUGGACUGAGAUUAAUUUUAAUCACUCAAACCACAUAGUCUCAGACUAACUAGUGAUUGGACUAGUAUCUGUUUUAAAUUUAAAUUAAAAAGGUGGUUUGAGAUGUACUCAAAACCAAAUACAUAUCUGAUCUUUUAAACCACUUCAGGAGUUGGUCUGAGACUAUUCAGAUUCUAGUCCUAUAAUGUGAACAGGUGUAAACGGUGUUAGGAGGUGGAGUUUGGGCGAAUGUUCUUCCCUCUUCCAGUAUGUAUUUUCUGAACUACAGGUGGUUCACCCUCCCCGGGCGUCAGUAUGAGGUGGUUGCCGUGGUGUUCAGGCAGCUGGUGAGCAGGUAACGGUUGCUAGGCAGUGGUGGUACCUGUCUGUACCCGCAUGUACCGUGUUUAGAGCAAUGAGAAUAAUAAGCUGUUGUAUUAAAGCGUCUCUUAGCUUAGCCUCGACUGGUUGCACUGCAUUCAAAAACUACAUGUAAAUUUUGUACAGCGACAAUAAAAAUCACAAUUGCUAUGCACUGCUGAGUGAGACCUGCGUUUCUGUGACUAAAGAAAAAAAUAAUAAAUUGUGUUUUUAUGGUUGAUUUUACAGGAAAAAACACAACUGACUGGAAAAUUAAGAGGUUUGCAGAUAAUGAUGCUGCUAAAAAUCAAUUUUAUUAGACGUAAGCUACAAUACGUUCACAUACAGCUCUGGAAAAAAUUAAGAGACCACUUCAUCAGUUGCUCAUUGUUGUUUUAUUCUAUAAACUACAGACAACAUUUCUCCCAAAUUCCAAAUAAAAAUAUUCUCAU